ACGUGUGGUCACAUGAUUUGAGCAUCUGUUAUGAGAUAAGACACAAUCUUUUUGGAAAUAUCUCUUAAAUAUAAGUUUGGGCAAGCCACAUACGCAUCUACUAACUACUAAUACUGGAACUGUUAGAAUUACAAAUUAUUGUAAUGAAACGCCUUUGUUCAUUAGGGAGAUGGGCAUUUUGAUGUUGAGAGACUGGCAUGGCUAGCGCAACUGGUGGCAUGCCUGUAAACAAUGACUUCAAGGUGGGUUAUAUAGAAAGGGCGCAGUUCAGUUUGAAGACGAUGGGGUGCAUCCUUUAUCGAUCGUCUAGCUUAGCUAUUGGCAAUUCCUGCUGUGAACGUUUUUGAAUGAUCUGUGAUUAAUAUGAGUUGAUUAAACAGAAACACUAUGCUUUUUCCUCCAUUUUUGCUCCAAAUUCUCUUCUAAAGUGGGUUGAAUUGAUGACAGCCUCAGUUGCCAGACUAGUAUACCCGUGCACUUGAGAGAUGGCGUAUGUGUCUGACACAUCCAAAAUGUUUGAAGAAGAUAGUUGGAAUCAAGUUAAUCAGAUUCCAAGUAUGUACUCACAACAAUCAGGAUUCCAAUCGGAAAGUGAGAACUGGAUGGGAGAAAAGAAAUAUGUUCACAAAAGACAAGCACAAACUUGCGAAAAUGGCUUAAUCAAAGUUCCAAAACUUAACACAUCACAUCUUUGCCCUCAGAUGUAUCACUCUUCUGUGGAACAGUGUGUAGUAGCCAAUACAUCAAACACUACUCAUUCAGAUUGCAUUAGUUAUACAAGGCAUAACAAUCAAUUAUGCACUCAUGCUACAUCAGAGAAUGCAACUUUUGGAGUUGCUCAGGAACAGGCUGGGCACUCCAGAGAGAAACAAAUGAACAAGCUUUAUGCUCAAAAAAUAGCAAUUGGUAUAUAAUAUGAAUAGAAAUUGGCUCAUAUGUGCAUUAUUGUACCGAGUCUAAUUUUGGAGAAGGUUAACUGUUGCAACUAGAUGUAUUUAUUAACUGCAAGCAAAAUACCAUACUGCAUUUGUUGGUAUACUUAUUACUCUUCAGUCAGUUUGUGGUGGGCACUUCCCACCUUUUGCAGACUUCUGAACUUUUUUAUUAAGAUGAGAAUGCUGAAAUUGAUAUCAUUUUAUUUUCUAUGCAUCUACAAACAAAGUACUCCACUGCUUUCUAAUUUGACUCUCUUUAUCUUAGAAUAACAUGCAACUUUCUCUUCUUGUGAACAUUAUUUUUUACUCUGACCUUUUUUUACACUUACCCAAAAUUUGUUUUCCCUGACCUUGUACUGGUUGUAAAUGAUUCUGUAAGUUUAUCAUUGAAUGUAAGAUAAAGUGUUUAAUUGAGUAUUUGUUAAUUGACAUAAAGUAAUUUGUUUUUAAUAUUAUCUAUGCAUGCAUAUAAUAAUUACAUAUAAUUAAUUUACAUAUAAAAUAAUUUGUAAAUGCUGUAUAUUGUGA